AUGAUUUAAUACAAUAAUCAGGAACUCACUCCUUAAUUGUCACCAGUAGGAAGUUUCACAGAAAUAAAAAAACAGAUAGAUAAAAGACAUGAUGGUUCUUUGACUUUACAAGAGUUGAAAUCUAAUUAAACAAACUUGAUUGUAACAAGAUUCAGGUUUAAUUAUUUCUAUGUGAGAAUAUAUGAUAGAGAAAGUCCGUUGCAAGCUUAUGUAAGAGGUGAAAAUUCGAAAUUACAGACAUUUAAGAUGAACAUUUCAACAGUAGCCCAAUUUCCUACUACAAUAUAAUCGAAAUACUUUAAAUUUGCAGAUCAACAACAGAGGGAUACAUUCUCUAUGAAGAAUUUAUACAUUUCAAUUUAUUCAGAAGAGGAUUGUCUUAUAACAAUCAACUUUCUUUUUGGUCAUUACUUUAAGAAGAAAAUAAAAAUGAUAAAGGAUGAAUUCGAUUCAGAGAAAUCUAAGCAAAAAUUAUAUUUGUUUUAUAGUCCAAGAUUAGAUCCAAGUCAGAUAGAUAAGAUAACUAAUAAUGUAAAUGCUAAACAAUAUUAAGAGAAUUAUAAAGAUAAGUUAAAAGCUGUUAAAUAAAGAAUUUUGUAAGCAGUUGAAAGAAAAAAAGAAAUUUAAGAGGAUAAAAGAAUGAAUAUCAUAAGAAAAUUAAAAGCAAAUGAAUCUUUGAAAGAAAUUAGAAAUGUAUAGAAAUAAAUCGAAAUUUAAUAAAAAUUGAAAUUUAGAAAUCAAAUUUCUUGGAUUGGAUUCAUCAAAAUAGCAAUAUAUGCAACUAGAAUGAAAGAAAAGAUGGAUCAAAUGAAAUGA